AUGGCCCCAGCUACAUCGCAUCAUCUGUACCCGCCCUUCCCUGAUGGCGUGGUAACUGCCCCCCUGGUCUCCAUCUCACUUGCCGAGUUGGAAGCAGAUAAUGUUGCCGCCUCAGAAGCUCUUUUCAAAGCGUCAAAAGAGUUGGGUUUCUUCUACUUGAAGAUGGAUGGUUCUUCUUUAGGCGAAAAGAUGGUUUUGCUAGCAGAGGAGCUCCAUGCUCUCCAAAAGAAGUUUGAUGAUUUGCCAUUCGCCGAAAAGGAUCAAUUUGCCCGUGAAAAGCUGCAUCCUUUCUUCGGCUAUCGUCACAGCGAGAUAGGCCCCAUAAGAGAGGACGGCACGCGUGAUCGGAACGAGCUAUAUAAUAUGCGCAAAGAUGACAUUAUUGGGAAUUGUGAGCCGCUGCCGUGUCCCGAUCUGAUAACGCAACACUGGGAGUUGCUUCGCGAGUAUGUCUAUAGUUGCCGAGCGGUUAUCGACCUCUUAAUUGUACAUCUCGAGAGGCAUCUCCAAGUACCUUCUGGCACGAUUGCCAGACUCCAUCGCAUAACCGAGCGGUCUGGUGAUCACAUUCGAUUCAACAAAAGCGGAAUACAGCCAUACUCGGAAGAAGCUGCACGCCGGAGUGAGCAUACAGACUUUGGAACGCUCACUAUCUUGUUCAAUUGGUUAGCUGGGCUGCAGAUCCGCCUGCCGGACACAGAAGACUGGGUUUACGUUCGGCCCAUACCCGGCUCAGCUGUGGUGAAUCUCGGCGAUGCGCUUGUCAAGUUUACGGCUGGCUUGCUGCGAUCAAACAUACAUCGCGUUGUUCCUCCGUUGCCACCCCAAGAUGGCCUAAGCAGACACAGCCUUGUGUAUUUUUCACGGCCAGAGGAUAGUGUCGUCCUCAAAAGGCUAAAAGGUGGUCUAAUAGACAGGCAGCCUGUCAGUGAGACGAAUGAUCCGGAGAUUUCAGCCGAAGAAUGGAUUGUUCGGCGCUCCGUCGGAGACUUGCAGGGCGUUUAUACCCACAAAGGAGGUCUUGAGCCGCGCACCUUGGUAGUUGCUGAGGGCUCUCUUUAG